UGAUUUUUUAAACUCUUCAAUGACGGGAACAGCUGUUGGCCAACAAAGAUGAUUAGUUCAUCGGCAGCCACAACAACGGCGGCGAUACUAUAACAACCCCUCCCUCCCACCCGAUUGAUUGAUUGGUGACCAACUUUUGUGUUGGUUUAUCGGCCGGGCCGACUAUUGAACACUUUAUUGGCCACUAUGGGUGACAUUCUGCGCGAGUGCGACCUCGAAAGGCCGCCAUCGCCGGCCAGAUUGGAGUACACAUCGGAAAAACAUUCCCGACUUAUACUGGACUCGUUGAACGUUUUGCGCCGUCGGCGUGAACUGUGCGAUGUUGUCCUAAUUGUCGGCCAACGGAAGAUUCUGGCCCAUCGGGUAGUACUGUCGGCUUGUAGUCCAUAUUUUUUAGCUAUGUUUACGGGAGAAUUGGCCGAAAGCCGACAGACAGAAGUGAUCAUCCGUGACAUUGACGAACACGCUAUGGAACUGCUGGUAGAUUUUGCCUACUCUUCGCAGAUAGUGGUCGAAGAAGGCAAUGUUCAGGUCCUACUUCCAGCCGCCUGUUUGCUACAGAUGAGCGAAAUACAAGAAGUUUGCUGCGAAUUCCUGAAGAAACAGUUAGAUCCGAGCAAUUGUCUGGGUAUUCGUGCCUUUGCUGACACACAUUCGUGUCAAGAGUUGCUACUAUUUGCCGAUAAGUACACUCAGGACAGGUUCCAGGAGGUGAUCGAAAACGAAGAGUUUCUCCUAUUGCCUGUCAAUCAACUCAUUGAUAUCAUAUCGUCGGAUGAACUGAAUGUCCGAACAGAGGAACAGGUCUACAGUGCCCUAAUGUUAUGGGUUAAGUACAAUGUUAGCGAACGGCGCCAGCAUUUGGCACAUGUUCUCCAACACGUGCGGCUGUCGCAGUUGACGGCCAAAUAUUUGGUGGGAACAGUAGGUUCGGAUUUGUUAAUCAAAAGCGAUGACGCCUGCCGUGACUUAGUGGAUGAAGCAAAAAACUAUUUGCUAUUGCCUCAGGAACGGCCAUUGAUGGUCGGACCGCGAUUUAGGGCCCGUAAGCCUGUCCGUCGCGGUGAAGUUUUGUUUGCCGUCGGCGGCUGGUGUAGUGGCGAUGCCAUUGCCAGUGUCGAGCGCUACGAUCCCCAAUCAAACGAGUGGCGAAUGGUUGCACCGAUGACUAAACGCCGAUGCGGUGUCGGCUGUGCCGUCCUAUCCGACCUGUUAUACGCUGUCGGCGGACACGACGGCCAAAGCUAUCUGAACAGUAUUGAACGCUACGAUCCGCAUACGAACCAGUGGUGCAGUGAUGUGGCUCCGACCAGCUCUUGCCGGACGUCGGUAGGCGUUGCCGUUUUGGACGGGUUUCUCUACGCUGUUGGCGGUCAGGAUGGUGUUUCGUGUCUGAAUUUUGUCGAACGAUACGAUCCGCAAACCAAUCGCUGGAACAAAGUAUCGGGAAUGAGUACCAAACGUCUAGGGGUAGCCGUAGCCGUACUCGGCGGCCAUUUGUACGCUAUAGGCGGCUCGGAUGGUACAUCACCGUUGAAUACAGUGGAACGAUACGAUCCCAGAUCCAAUCGAUGGUGUCCAGUGGCGCCGAUGGGCACCCGUCGCAAACAUUUAGGAUGCGCUGUCUAUAACAAUAUGAUAUACGCUGUCGGCGGCCGAGACGAUACCACUGAGUUGAGUUCAGCCGAACGAUAUAAUCCCCAAUCAAAUCAAUGGCAACCGAUUGUUGCGAUGACCUCCCGGCGUUCGGGUGUCGGUCUAGCAGUGGUUAAUGGUUUGCUCUACGCUGUCGGCGGUUUUGAUGGAUCAACAUAUUUGAAGACAAUUGAAGUAUACGAUCCGGAAAAAAAUCAAUGGUGUCUAUGCGGGUCAAUGAACUAUAGGAGACUGGGAGGCGGUGUCGGUGUUAUACGUAUACCACAUCUGGAAACAUAUUUUAGAUGAGAUAACCAGAUGACUGAUUGACUGAUUUUUUUUAGUAGUGUCUGUCUGUCUGUUAAAAACUUACCAUAACUUGUAUUAAAUUAUUAUUCAAAAAUCAUUGAAUCAAAAGAUAUUAUCAUUUGUUUGUUUAUUUUUUAUUUUAUUUUUUCAUUUUACCGGUUAAUUA